AUGGCGCUGAGCACGGACGAGAUUCUUACGAGAAUCCGAUUGAUCGAGAAUGAUGUGAAGGUCAUGCGUUCAGAGACACUGCGAUUACAGCAUGAACAGAGCGUCAUGAAGGAGAAGAUCCGGGAUAAUGGAGAGAAGAUCAAGCAGAAUAAGGUCUUACCAUAUCUUGUGGGGAAUGUCGUCGAGAUUCUAGACGUCGAUCCCGAAGGUCAAGAGGAAGGCUCUGCACGUGAUUUGGACUCCAUGCGCAAGGGCAAGUGUGCGGUAAUCAAGACUUCAACAAGACAAACCGUAUUCCUGCCCCUCAUUGGUCUCGUGCCUGCCGAGAAGCUGAAGCCGGGUGACCUGGUUGGCGUGAACAAGGACUCCUACCUCAUCUUGGACACUCUGCCAGCUGAAUUUGAUUCAAGAGUCAAAGCCAUGGAGGUGGACGAGCGUCCGACAGAAUCAUACACGGAUAUCGGUGGGCUUGAGAAGCAGAUCGAAGAGCUGGUCGAGGCCAUCGUGCUUCCCAUGGAACAGGCCGACAAAUUCAAGACGCUAGGUAUCAAGCCGCCGAAGGGUGUGCUGAUGUAUGGGCCACCCGGUACGGGGAAGACUCUACUGGCAAGAGCGUGUGCCGCGCAGACGAAUGCGUGCUAUCUUAAGCUGGCUGGUCCGUCACUGGUCCAGAUGUUUAUCGGUGACGGUGCGAAGCUCGUGCGAGACGCGUUUGAAUUGGCGAAGCAGAAGGCACCCGCUAUUAUCUUUAUAGACGAGCUGGACGCUAUCGGUACCAAGCGAUUCGACUCGGAGAAGAGUGGAGACCGCGAGGUUCAGCGGACAAUGUUAGAACUUCUCAAUCAGUUAGACGGAUUUAGCAGCGACGAGCGAAUCAAGGUCAUUGCUGCAACGAACCGAAUAGAUAUCCUGGACCCGGCUUUGCUUCGGUCAGGACGACUCGACCGUAAGAUCGAGUUCCCCCUUCCAAACGAAACUGCGCGAGCACGGAUUUUGGAGAUCCACUCUCGCAAGAUGACCGUUGGACCUGACGUCAACUUUGAAGAGUUGGCAAGAAGCACGGACGAAUUCAAUGCCGCUCAACUCAAGGCUGUGUGUGUCGAAGCAGGCAUGAUUGCAUUGAGAGAGGGUGCUACGAAGUUGGGCCAUGAGCAUUUCUUGAGCGGGAUCGCAGAAGUCCAAGCAAAGAAGAAGAACGACCUUAUGUACUUCGCCUAG